AUGGAUGAGAAGUACGACGCCGUCAUUCUCGGCACUGGUGUGACCGAAUGCGUCCUCUCGGCGCUGCUCUCCGUCGAUGGCAAGAAGGUCCUCCACAUCGACCGAGGCCAGGUGUACGGCGGCGAGAUGGCCUCGCUCAACCUCACCCAGCUCUACGAGAAGUUCCGUCCUGGUGCCGAGCCGCCCAAGGACUGGGGCCGCGACCGCGAUUGGGCCGUCGACCUGAUCCCCAAGCUCAUCAUGGCCAACGGUGAGCUCACCCAGAUGCUCGUCCACACCGACGUCACCCGCUACCUCGAGUUCAAGCAGAUCGCCGCCUCGUACGUCUACCGCGACGGCAAGAUCGCAAAGGUGCCCGCCACCGAGAUGGAGGCCGUGCGCUCCUCGCUCAUGGGCCUCUUUGAGAAGCGCCGCGCCAAGAAGUUCUUCGAGUUCAUCCAGAACUGGCGCGACGCCGACCCCGCCACCCACCAGACCCUCGACCUCGACGCCGACCCCAUGGUCAAGGUGUUUGACUACUUUGGUCUCGAACCCGGCACCAAGGACUUUAUCGGACACUCGAUGGCCCUCCACCUCGACGACUCGUACCUCCAGCGUCCGGCUCGCGAGACCUACGACCGCAUCAUCCUCUACACCUCGUCCAUGGCCCGCUACGGCAAGUCGCCCUACAUCUACCCGCUCUACGGCCUCGGCGAGCUGCCCCAGGCCUUUGCGCGUCUCUCGGCCAUCUACGGCGGCACCUACAUGCUCGACAAGCCUGUCGACGAGAUCGUCGUCGACUCGGACACGGGCAAGUUUGUCGGCGUGCGCAGCGGCGACGAGACGGUCAAGGCCGACAUGGUCAUCGGCGACCCGAGCUACUUCCGAUCCGGCGUCAACGGCAAGGACAAGGUGCGCGAGACGGGCAAGGUGGUGCGCGCCAUCUGCAUCCUCAAGCACCCCAUCCCCAACACCGACAACUCGGACUCGGUCCAGCUCAUCAUUCCGCAGAACCAGGUCGGCCGCAAGCACGACAUCUACAUCUCGGGCGUCUCGAGCGCCCAGAACAUCGCCGCCCGCGACUUCUACGUCGCCCAGGUCUCCACCAUCGUCGAGACCGACAAGCCCGAGCUCGAGCUGCGUCCCGGUCUCGAGCUUCUUGGCCCCAUCCUCGACAAGUUUGUCUCCAUCAGCCCGCUCGAGGAGCCCAUCGAGGGCGGUAAGGAGGACAACAUCUUCAUCACGCGCUCCUACGACGCCACUUCGCACUUUGAGACCGUCGUCGAGGACGUCCACGACGUGUGGAGGCGGAUGACCAACGGACAGAAGCUCGUGCUCAAGAAGCGCGACGACUCCGAGGGCGCCCAGGUGCAGGCUUAG